UUUGUUUUCUCUCUCGUUGAAAUGGGUGCCUAAGUGACGUCGUGGACGUCUAGCACAGCACGCGUAGACUUUUUUUUUUGUUCAACUUUGACCAUACCUUCAGCUAAAGUGCUUUGCGUUUUUCUUGUACUUUAUGAUUGUUUUUGUUAGCGCAGAAAUUCAGACAAAAAAAAAAUAAAAAAAAAAAAACUAGAUGCAAGGCAGCUAUGUAUGAGUGAAAGUGUAGUUCAUUAUUAGAAGCAUUAGUUUAAUGGAUUAAAUGUGAACAGAAAUUGAUGAGCAUUCAAAUGAACUUCUAAAAUUUUCUUUUUGAUUGGGAUAUAGAGCAAAUACGAGAUUUCUGUGAACGAUAGAGAAUGACAUACAGCGACGGAAGCACAGCCAUUGCCAAGGUGGCACCUAUGCCCAAAUAUGAAAACUUUCAAGUCAAGACUUCUCCUAUCGAUGUCCCUAAGUACAAUACCAAAAUGGACCCUCCUGUUUACAAGGCUGGUGGCGAAGUAGUAAGACCGAAAAGCUCAGUUGGUGGGAAAAAAUGGAAAGCUGCCUAUGACCAACUGAAUACAACUAGCCACGAUAGCUUUCAUCCGGUCUACGGACCCCAGAGUGACAAACGUUAUCACCCUUACCAGAAAAAUGAUAUGAUGGACGUCUACAGACAGCAGAAGGGAAAGGAAGAAAGACAGAAGGAAGAAGAAAAACAAAAGACUAAAGAACACAAAGAAAAGACUCCAAGAGACGAGAACAAGCUGUCAGUGCAAAAAGACCAUAAAGAGCACCAAAAACAAGAGACGCCACGAAAAGAUAACUACGUCAACGGUCCAGAGCAGCAGCGUAAGGACAAGGACAAACCUCCUAAAGAAGCAGAGAAGCCUAAACAGGAAAAAACGAAACGUCCAACGGAAAACGUUUAUAACGAAAAACCAGCUAAACAAGAGAACACUGAGAGAAAACCUUUUGACAAAAAUGCUGUGGUAGCACCCAACGUCCCAUCGUAUAACAAGAACUAUGAUAAGUUCCAAGUCAAGCCGACACCAAUGGAUGUCCCCAAGUAUAACAUGGCUGACAACAAUAAAUGGCAAGAUUCUUACGAAAAGAUGAGAACUAGCAGCCAUCAAGAGUUUAAACCAAUUUAUGGACCUCAGGGGGAAAACAAGCGUUACAACAAUGACUUGGUGGAUAUUUACAAACAGCAAAAAGAGAAAGAAAAGAAGGAGAAAGAGCCGAUAGAGAGAAAAGAAAAGCCUCCCAAAGAACAGAAAGAAAAAGAUGUAAAAGAACAAAAAGAACAGCCUAAAGAAUCACCAAAGAAAAGAGAAAAGACACCAGAAAAGAUAACUAGAGAAGAAAAACCAUCAAAAGAAAAAGACGAGAAGAAAGUCAAGGAAGAUAAAGCACAAAAAGAACAGAAGCCACACAAAGAAGACAAACCACUCAAGGAAGAGAGAGUACCUAAAGAGAAGAGAGAAAAACGAGAACCUGAACCAGUCUAUAGAGAGCCAAGAGAGAGAAAGCCAUUUAAAAAAGACGCAAUUGUCUACCCAAACGUCCAGUCAUACAACAAGAACUACGACAAAUACCAAGUGAAGGAGCCGCCUAUGCAAGUGCCAGAAUAUAAAAUGGCUGAGGGUAAUAAAUGGCAGAACGCUUAUGACAAAAUGCAGACGAAAAGUCAUCCAGACUUUCAUCCCGUGUACGGACCACAGAAAGAUCAAAAAGAUCAAGAUCUUAUGUAUGUGUAUAAACAACAAAAAGAAAAAGAGAAGAAAGAAAAACCCAAAAAUGAAAAACCCAAAGAAUCACCCAAGAAAGAAGAAAAAAUAAAAAAAGAAGAAAAACCAAAAGAACAGCCCAAAAAGGAAGAAAAACCAAAAGAACAGCCCAAAAAGGAAGAAAAACCAAAAGAACAGCCCAAAAAGGAAGAAAAACCAAAAGAACAGCCCAAAAAGGAAGAAAAACCAAAAGAACAGCCCAAAAAGGAAGAAAAACCAAAAGAAGAGAAACACAAAGAACCACCAAAGGAAGAAAAACACAAAGAACCACCAAAGGAAGAAAAACACAAAGAACCACCAAAGAAAGAAGUAAAACAUUAUGAAUCGCCAAAAAGAGAACAUGAAUCCCCAAGGAGAGAUAGAGAAUCUCCAAAAAGGGAUCAGUACAGAGAAGAAAAAGAAGAGAAAUAUUACGGCCAAAUAGAUCAAGCGAAACCUGUGAAAAAAGAAGAGCACAAGCAGCCAGUUCAGAGAGAACUCUAUCAGUCUAACCUAAAGAAACAGGCAGAACCACCAAAGAAGAAUGAAGAGGUCAAGCCAACACCAAGGGAAGAAAAGGUCAAGCACAAGGAGGAAACGAUACAAAAAGUAGAAGAUAAACAGAAACAUAAAGAAGAGAAGAGUGACCCGUACGCGUACAGACCAAGAGAAGAAAAGAAAGAAGAAAAACCCAAACCUAAGGAAGAAAAGAAAGAAGAAAAACCCAAACCUAAGGAAGAAAAGAAAGAAGAAAAACCCAAACCUAAGGAAGAAAAGAAAGAAGAAAAACCCAAACCAAAGGAAGAAAAGCCCAAACCAAAGGAAGAAAAGAAAGAAGAGAAGCCCAAGCCAAAAGAAGAAAAGAGAAUAGAAUACACAGCUCGAGAAGUCAAGCAUGAAGAGCGUCACAAACCAAAGGAAGAGAAACCGAAAAAAGAGAAAGAGGCAGAACGGAAGGUGAAAUACGAAGACGACUAUUACAUGCCACACGAGAGACCAGCCAAGACACAGAAAAAUGAUAAAAGUAUAGUGAGGGACGGGUUGAAACCCGAGGAGGAGAAACCUAAAGCAAAGGUUCAUCCAACUCCCAGAAGAGAAGAAACCAAAAAACCAUAUAAGCCAGUAAAACUCAAAGACAGAAAUGAGCCGCCCAGUGUUAGGAAACGUUACUACAACAACGCUGAACUAGACGAUGUCCUACAAGACAAAAUAGCCACGCAGCUAAGAGAAAAUGGCAUUGCCGAAACAAAGGUCAUUCCAUUAUCUGCGAAGAUCACGCAGGCAGUUCGAGAUGAUGUUAUGGACCCCAACGCCUCCUCUUCCCCGCAGGUCACGGCCAACCUGACAGAGGCCAUUAACAAACACCUAGACCCCAUCCUAUAUAACAGACCCAACCAGACAGAUCUAAGCAACUCACAGAAACCCAGUGAUGCAUCUCAUUUAUCGAACCUCAUUUUACUAAGAAUCGGCCAAGUCCACGAAGAGAUUGAACUCUGCAAGUUGAGUGUCGACGAUCCACUGAAAUCUACCAGAAGAAACAAGCAUGGUGCCACACCUAGGGAUGACCCACCAGAUAGGUCAAUGGUCAUGGCCAUCAAAGACGGUAUCGAGAAACAGAAAACAGAGAAAGAUAUUUUACAAGAGAAACUCAGACAAGCUCAGAGGGAAACUGGAGACGUUGAAGAUGACAAAGACAGAACACAGAGGCAGUUGCAGGAGUUGGAUGCUGAAAACUGGCAGCUAAAGAGGAACCUCCAAGAAGCUGAGAAUGAUAAACAGAGUCUGAUCAACAAAGUGAGAGAACAACAGAGUGACUAUGACAGACUAGACAAGUCAUACCAGGAUGCUAGAAACGAGAAUCAGAGACUCAAGAAGAGGCUUGAGGAAAGAGACAAUGAAAAUCAACUAAUGUCUAAUGACUUAGCAAGGCUUCAGUCAGAAAAUGCCAGACUGCAAGUGCUUGUUGACCAGAAGCACAAAGAAAUCCUCCAUCUAAGAGACCCAGACAAAGACAUGGUCCAUCAGAUCAAGAUUUUAUCAGAUGAGGUUACUUUACUGAGAACACAGACACGAAGGCUUAAUGAAGAAAAGGGGCUACUCAAGUCUAGAAACCAAAAGAUGGAGUCUACAAUAGAUGAGACCUACAAACUAAAGAGCAAAUUAUCUCAAGAGAGAGAUGAUUUAUGGCGUGAGAACCAAGAGUUGAAGCAGCGCUAUCGUAAGCUAGCACUGGCCACUCCUAAUCAGAGGACUCUUCCAGACAUUAUGGCUGGACAUAAUGGACCCUCUUCGCGAUCUACCCCAAGAACAACAUCCCGUAAUCGGCAUAGCGGAGAAAGAAGAAUGUCCCCAACAAGAGAAGAGGAUGAUGAAGGGGGCUAUCAUUAAUUAUUAGGUCUAGAUUGGU